UUGGCCCAAUCAGAAAGCCCUACAAUUUAAGUCUAUGAACAAUCAUUCCCCCUUUUCUCCUAAACGCUAAAACCCUAAACCCCCAUUCUCUCUUCUCUCGGGUAAUCUCUCACCUUCUUCAAUGGAGAAUUCAACAACGACUCAGAAAGAAGAAAUUGAAGUAGACGAAGAUAAUCAGAGCUUUGAGGAGCUAAGUUUGGACCCUCGUCUUCUUCGAGCUCUUAUUAAGAAAGGAAUCGAAAAGCCAACACCAAUUCAGCGUGUCGCCAUUCCUUUAAUUCUCGAAGGAAAGGAUGUGGUUGCCAGAGCUAAAACUGGGUCAGGGAAGACAUUUGCGUAUCUACUUCCAUUGCUCCAGAAACUAUUUUCGGAUUCCAGCCCGAAUAAUCGUCUCGGUCCUGCCGCAUUAGUUCUUGUUCCUACUCGCGAAUUAUGUCACCAGGUUUAUUCAGAAGUGACGUCUAUUAUAGAAUUGUGUAGAGCUCAGUUGAAAGUUGCUCAGCUUACUAGCACUAUGUCAACUAUUGAGAUGAAGCAGGCUCUGUCAGGCCCUGCGGAUAUUCUGGUGUCAACACCUGCUUGUGUGCAUACUUGUUUGAAAGCUGGUGCUCUUCAACCAAAAGCCAUUCAGGAAUCGCUUUCUAUGCUCGUUCUCGAUGAGGCAGAUCUUCUGUUGUCUUACGGAUAUGAAGAUGACCUAAGAUCUCUUACAGCCCAUGUCCCUAGACGUUGUCAAUGCCUCUUGAUGUCUGCUACAUCAAGUGCUGAUGUUGAGAAGCUGAAGAAACUUAUUCUACACAAUCCCUAUAUUUUGACUUUGCCGGAGGUUGGUGGUAGCAAUGAUGAACUUAUUCCUAAAAACGUGCAACAAUUUUGGAUUUCUUGCAGUGCUCAUGAUAAGUUCAUCUACAUUCUUGCUCUUUUAAAGCUGGAAUUGGUUCAGAAGAAAAUACUCAUCUUCACUAAUACAAUCGACAUGGGAUUUAGGUUAAAACUCUUUUUAGAAAAGUUUUCAAUCAGAUCAGCUGUUCUAAAUGCUGAGUUACCUCAGAAUUCUAGGCUUCAUAUGCUUGAGGAAUAUAAUGCAGGACUCUUCGAUUACUUAAUUGCAACUGAUAUCAGCCAAGCUGGAAAGGAUCAGGAGGAUAGUGAGAAAAAAUCGGAAGGAAAAAAAUCCAACAAACGCAGGAAGCCAAAAUUGGAUGCAGAAUUUGGUGUGGUGAGAGGCAUAGACUUUAAAAAUGUGCACACGGUUAUAAAUUUUGAGAUGCCUCAAAGUGUUGCUGGAUAUGUGCAUCGAAUUGGACGGACUGGAAGAGCUUUUACUACUGGAGCAUCUGUUUCACUUGUCUCUCCAGACGAGAUGGAAGCUUUUGAUGAGCUAAAGGCUACAUUAGCAGAGAAAGCAAGUGAUGAUACCAACUAUAUUGCUCCAUUUCCCCUACUCACAAAGAAUGCAGUGGAAUCAUUGAGAUAUCGAGCUGAGGAUGUGUUCAGGAGUGUGACUAGUUUUGCUGUACGAGAAUCUCGGGCUCAAGAUCUAAGGAACGAGAUGCUCAACUCUGAAAAGUUGAAAUCCCAUUUUGAGGCUAAUCCUAGAGAUUUAGAUCUUUUAAAGCACGACAAAGUCCUCAGCAAGAAGGAGCCUCCGGCGCAUCUGCGUGAUGUUCCUGAAUAUUUAUUGGACCCAACCACACAAGAAGCAAGCAAGAUUGUCAAACUUGCUCGAGCAGCAAUGGGUAAUAGUAGAAAACCUGGACAACAGGGUUUAAAGAAAAAAUCAAGGAGGAAGCGAGAUCCCCUCAAGACAUUAUCAGCCGAGGGACCAAAGCAACGGAAAAGGGUGAAGAGGAACAAUCAGAAAUGACCAUGAAUUUAGUUGAGAAAUGGUUCCAAUUUUGGCAUCAUACUAGACGGGUUAUACGAAUAUUGAUAUGGUAGGGAAAUCAGGGUUCUCAACUUGGCGGGAAAUACUGCUGAGAAAUCUAUACUCCAGUUUGAACCUGCUGAUGCUUCUCCAAAUCUCUAGGCAGAGGAACCAAAAGUCUGCUCAUAUACUCUGAAUUUCAGAUUCGUUUUGUUAGUUGUAGAGAAAAAAUGUACUCCCUCCAUCCGAAAAAUAUAUAUCACUAUGAUAUGCAAUUCGAAGUUGUAUAGUGACAAACUAAUUUGGAUGGAGGUAAUAUUUAUUCCCAACCUAAUGCUGGUGUUUCUCUAGGUUUUUUGAACCCAAACGGGUAAUAGAUUUAUUCACCAAAUUAUACAAGAAAUUAUGACUUCACGGUAUCUGCUAGCCCCUCUACGUUUCUUUAGGCCUGUAUGCAUUUGAUUUCCUUGAAAUAUGUAACAUAUUUGCCCCAUGUAAUCAUUGCGUAUACUCCAAAAUCCAAAUCUAAUAUAGACUUAAUCACUUAAUCGCAGCA